CGCAAUCCACACAAAUCAAACUCGUUGAAUGCACAAGCCAACCGCCGUCUUUUGACAUCUCCAUCUAGUCUCUGCUACGGUUCGCCAACGUUUAUGUGCAUUCGUUCACUAAACUCAAUUGAAUAGUACAGAAUGGCAACUGUUGAUACCGGCGAGAUGCAAGACUUGGAUCGUGGCACGUCCCCUCUGCUGCGUUUACCAGCCGAAAUCAGACACCAGAUUUAUGACCAUGCCUACCCCAAACACCUCUUGCAUGUCAAGCGCAUUGUGUACCAUAACCGAAAGAAUACAGACCGAUAUAUCGCUUACUGGUGUGUUGAGGCGCAACAUGAAAGACAUGCCCACCUCCACCGUGCAUGUCACACGCUAGAAGCGCCUAGAAAACACACGCUUGGAUUGCCAUUGGCCUGCAAGCAGCUUUACAAUGAAACGAUGCAGAAAGUUUACAGCAGGCCCGAGUUUCACUUCUACUUUGAGGAGCUCCUACUCCUGUGGGCUAAGCAGACUCCAACGAUACAUCAUACAGCUCUUACAUGUGUCACGAUAACGUCAAUGUCGUUUGACGCACGGAGUCCAGAGACAUAUCAAAAGACAUGGGAAUUCCUUGCCGCACUAUCAAAUCUUCAGACUCUAAGUGUAUUCGUCACCAGCAAUAACAACGCCGAUCUAUGGGAAGACUCAUUGCAAGAAAUGGCGGAGCCUACAACAAAAGUGCAGCAACACACGCUCACGCACUUUGAUCUCAUCUUUGAUAUCACCCCCACCUGGUUUCCAGACGACUGCUAUCUAAAAAUCAACUACAACAAGCUCCACUGGGAUACAUUCAUCAUUGAAAGAACCGAGUAUUCCGUGUUUGAUAGUUUACACCCAAAGUGCCGUCUCAUCGGGAUGAACGGCUACCUAUUGUAUCGCCCCAUACCUCAAGUUCUUCCUACAGCACAAGAACUCACAGAGUGGAUUGAAUGCUUUAGCUGCAAUUCGGCCUAUGGACUCGACGAACCUGAUGGCUACGACCCUGAUGAAAUCGGCGAGCGAGCAAGGCGGAUCAAGGAUGCCCAACCGACUGAGGGUGCCUAUGACAAGGAGGAUGCUUUCCAGAAACUUCGAGACGAGUUGGAGGAUAAAUACUUGUACGGCCCAGACUGCGAUGACGAUCCGGACCAUUGGGACUUGGAGGCGAUUGAUCGGCUUGCCGAUCACCUGGAGAUGCCAAACACGUAUUUGGAAACACCACAUUGGUAUUAUCCUGAAACGCCCAGCUGGGUCACUGACGCCGAGCUUUAGGGAGUAGGAUUUGUGGCAGGCGAUGAUGUACGAAGAAAUUGGAGCAAUGGGAAGGGAACGCCGCUCGUGA